CGCGAGGAUUGGUCGACCGGGAUGCGGACGGGGAGGAAGAUCGCGAGAGGGGCAAAACGCUACCCACGAGCUUCAAUGGAUUAUACGACGAGGGGAGGCAGAACUGGUUCCGCUAUCCGCUUCGAUUUCGGCUUCGAUGGUGCUAGUGGCACCCCGCCGCAGAGAUUCUGGUGUAAUGAAAAGAAUGUAAAGUAAGUUGAAUAGCGAGCCAGCCGCCGAAACCCAGAAUACGGAGUUGACAGCAUGCCCUGGGAUCUGACGAGGGUGUGUCACCCCUUCUAGCCAGGGCAAGGGAUGCCUGAUCAGCCAGCCUCCAAUGAUGGGUCCAACCUUGGAAGGAAACGCCAGUAAAUCUCGAGAAUAUAGAGGCUCUGCUGCCGCUAGAAGUGCAGUCCGAGAUAUAUGACGACGUUCCAGAUUGCAAGCUGGACCAGCCACCAAGAAAACCCUCGAAGAUCGGGGCAAUCAGGAUCAGGAUGUUUCCGUGUGCGUAGAGAGGGAAGCUGUCGUUGGAGAUCAUAAUGAAGAUCACAUCCCUGGUCCAAGUAUAAGACAAUUCCCCGACAAUAGAAUCUUAGAGGCGCACGUUACAAGCCAGCCGAAGCUAGAGAUGGCAAGGACUGUCGUCCGACCGUACCGCUCGCUGAGCUGUCCCCACCAUCCAGUCGUGACCGCACUCAGAACUCCCAUAAUGGAAAUCCCACGCGUCAGAGACAACAUACCUAUGCGCGCAGCAACGGCUGGGUCUGAUGUGCAUCUCUGCUUCGUGGGGGGUGCCGCACCUCGGUAAUCUAAUGCGACGGGAAGCGCAGAGUCCCCGUGCACCCGAACAGUGGUAGGAUGAAAGGCCGAGUCCAUCGCCUGGUUGGUCUGCUGUUGUAUUUGCGCACAUGCCAAUUGGGUAUAGACUUCCACGCGUGGCGCAAGGGUCAUUCCACGCUAUGGGAGCGCUGAGGACGUGGCUCGGACGGCAUGGCGCGCAUACAUACCACGAGAGCAGUGGUGAUCGCGAAGGGGACCAGCCAGAGCGGACGUGGUCGGAAGAAUUUCUUCCGCGGCCGAGGGGGAGCGCCCAGAAGUGGGGCGCGCUCAUCAAGUAAGGACGGAGUCGAGGGGUUCCGCUGAGCAACCGAGCGUGAUCGCGAAGGGAACACAGUGACGAAGGGGUCAGUUUCGUACUGGUCCUCCUCCGCACUCCAGACUUCUUCGGGUUCCUGUACAGGCUUUGGAUGAGGAUUGGACAUGGUUGGAGGAGGAAGGCGAGGCGAGCAUGGUCUAGAAAUCAGCCGGUAUUAGGGUCUGCCGCGGCAACGUCUGUAAUCGUGUAAUCGUCGCGGUUUUCCGUGCGUCGGAUAAGAUUGCGGACAAAGCAUAAUGACGUAGGCAGUGGCGGUGCGUGGCGGCAUCACCGCGGUCUGCCAUGGCCGUCUCCCGUUCCAGCUUGACCAGAGUCGAAGUUGCAACCCAGCUCUGUGACCUGAGGACUCAACUCCAUGAACUGGAUUUACUGUGAGGUAAAACAUUCUCAAGGAACUUCUCGCUCGCCCUCGAAUGCGGGUAGCCGUAUCGCCGCACGAAUUGAUCGGGGUUCCUUGAAUACACAAAGUGGAACGAGCCUUGACGCUCAAACCCCCUGAUGACGACCGAAAUUCUACCAUCAAGCAACGUGCAGAUAUCUGACCUGUCUAGAAGGCUGUUCUUGGGUGAAAGACGUGAGAGAUGAGGGCCUUGCAUCACAGGUCGGCAGCGGCAGGCCUUGAGCGCUUUCAGCAUCCAAUAUUAACUUGGUCUGUUGAACCGUAUUUGACUGGACUCUAGAGAACAUCGGUGCCCACGAACAUCCAAGUCGUAAUAGUUCCGCCACUCUGUAGGCGUCGAUAUCACUCCCUGCAAGCCGUUCUCCAGUCUUUCCUGCCUUUGCUUCUUUCCUGUGUCAUCGGCACAGGAUUCCUAUCAUCACCACAAUUCUCAGGCACCAUGUGGCUUCGUGCCGAGACCACAGGGUGUCUUCGUCCCUCAUCGGGCGAGGCAAUGCUCCGACGAUGAUCCCAUUUGAAGAUCAAGGCAGUCCCAGAUGCCUGCGUGCUCUGCCCCUCGCCAUCUCUCGGUCCUCCGAUGCUGUCCUGGCUCUCAAAGCAUCGCCCAAAGCGACGCAAGCCCCAGACUCCCGGCCCCGCCUCGGCUCCGGCCCAGACAUCAGAUGAGAAGCCGGGUCUCCGGACCAGCCUUCGCCGGGGCUCGCUGCUGUUCCGUCCUCGACGCCAGGACACAGACGCGACGUUGGUCGAUACAGCGGAUACAGACUCGACGGUCUGCUCCCUGGAGGGUUCCGAUGAGUAUGCGGCCGGCAAGGAGAUACCAGUGCGCUGCGCCAGUCCGGACCCGUUCGAUAGUCCUCCCCCGAGUCCCUUGAACAAGACGCUCACUCUGUCUUUGCACAAUGGCGUGCCAUUUGACUGUGAACCAACCGUGAAGGCACAUCGAUCGAAACUGAGCAAGGCUGUGGUUGGGGUGGCGAGUUCAGUCGGGGCCAUAUUGGAAGCGUCGAUCGUUGUAGGAGAGGCCGCCAACAUCCCUCUCCUCAAGGGUGUCGCAGGAAUCGUCCUUUUGUUGGCCAAUUCCGUGGAGGCUACGGAAGCGAACAAGACAGACUGCACGCGACUUUCGAAAAUGGUUCUCGAGCUUGCCUCAGUUGCGGCUCGUCACGCUGAGCGCCAAGAACAUCGCCACCAGUUGUCUUACGCGCUCGAUCAUCUUGGACAAGCUUUCAGUCGCAUUUUACACGUUCUCCAGGUCCGAUCCAAGCGCUCUUACGCUCGUCGCCUGAUCGAAGCCGACAACGACCGGGAUUUGAUACUGGAAUGCGAGAAGGAGUUGCAGUAUUUUCUGGAUAUCUUCCAGAUCAAGUCCUCCAUCUCCAUGAGCGUAGCUGUCAAACGGAAGGACACGGCUGGGGAAUCCUUCGAGAGGCAGAUCUCGGAUGCCAUGUCCCCAAUCAAGGCACUCUUGCCUACAGAGAGCGUCUCCGAGCCAGUGGUCGAGAUCCCGCCUGCUCCACAGAUCUUCCACGGCCGCAGUGCAGAACUGGAAGCCUUAGUCAAGAUGUUCGCGGGCACUGAGCAAGCUCACGCGGUUAUCCUCGGACAGAUCGGUGCUGGGAAGUCGGCGCUGGCUCGCGUGCUGAUGCAUCAGGCGGAGAUCGUCACCACCUUUGCGAAUCGUCGCUUUCUGGUCGAAUGCAAGAUGCUGAAAACGGCUGUUGACGUAGUGUCCCAAUUGGCCUCGUUCUUAAAUGUCUCGUCUGAUGCUAAAGCGGUGAAGGCCAAGCUCAGUGCUUUGCCCGCAUCGUGCAUUGUGUUCGACGACCUCGACGCGGUGUGGGACUCGGAAGCCAAGCUCGAGAUCGAGGACUUUUUGACUGAUCUGUCAAUCAUCUCCUCCGUGUCACUCGUCCUCACGCUUCGAGGUACUCAGCGCCCUCUCGGUCCUGCCUACAAAAAGCCGUAUCUUCCCCCGCUCGGCGCCCUCUCCCCGAUCGCUGCACAAAACACCCUGACGGACAUCGCCGACACCUGGGAUGACGACGCGGAAGAGCUCCUCAACCUCGUCGGACAUCUCCCAUUGCCGACCGUUCUCCUCGCCCAAAUGGCGCAAUGCGAGCCGGUCUCGUUCCUCCUCGACCGAUUUCGUGAAGAGGGGAUGGCUAUGUUUGCCGAGACCGAUCUGGAGCGCAUCUUGAACGAGGCGUUCGACAGCCCCCGCGUCCGGGAAUUCCCUGUUGCUCGCGACGUGCUCGAGAUCCUCGCACGCAGACCGGAAGGCGUCCGCAAAUCCGACGUCGCUGCACUGGUGACCCGUGAAGUCCGAAUUCCGGUCGCACUCGUCAACAAGUGUCUCAGCACACUGCACAAAACAUCACUGGUCGUCCAGGAUGGUUCGGAACAGCUUAAAGUUCCGGAGAUUGUCCGGGCUUAUCUGCUGUACCAGAACCGUGACUGGUUGAUUAUAAUGCGUUUCUUGGCUCUCGGAACUGUGCUGUCUUUUGUCGCCCUUGUCUUCUCCGCCCAGGUUGUUCUGGAGGACACGACGGCUGAGGAUGUGCAGGCCCCUACCGAACCGGUUGUAGCUACCGCGAAAUUCCCCGAGAGCAACGUCUUCGGCCAUGUCGUAAACGGAGAAAAGAACACCAUUACGAUUACCGUCGAGAAUCUGUCUGGGCAGAACAUCUCCCUCGUUGGCGUCGGUGGAUCCGUGCUCAAUGUACAAAACGAUGCGCUCAUUAAAAAUCUUACUAGCUUCCCGCUCUCCGUUCUUUUGUCGUCGUCCCGCAAGAUUAACAUCCCGUACACCUUCAACAGCGAAUUCAAGCCCGGGGAUAUCCGACUGAACAUCUGGGUUGCCCACACUCUCGAUGGAUCCGUUCACCACGUCGGUGCCUACGACUCCAUCGUCACCGUGGUUGAGCCCGAGCUCUCCAUCUUCGACUUCAAGAUGCAAGCCAUUCGUCUCUUCAGCAGCUCCAUUGAUUAA